AUGGCGUUUCCACCCCCGCCUCCAGGACAGUUCCCUGGAUCCGGCUUUGCGCCACCACCGCCACCUCAAGGCCAAGGCUUUGCUCCGCCUCCGCCGCCCCCAGGACAAGGACAAGGAUUUGCUCCACCCCCUCCUGGUGGACAAGGAUUCGCCCCGCCCCCACCAGGUGGCCAAGGUUUCGCUCCACCCCCACCUGGACAAGGAUUUGGUCAGGGGCAACCCCAGCCUCCUCGACCAGGUGGUGGUUUUGCGCCACCACCUCCCGGUGGUGGUUUUGCCCCUCCUCCCCCGCCAAAUCCUGGAAUGCAUCAGUUGAACCAGGGCAUGUCGAACAUGUCCAUGCAACCGCCUCCACCUGCCCCAGGGGCUGGGUUUGGAUCAUCUCAACCCCCGCCACCACCCGGUGGAGUUGGUUUUGCGCCGCCACCAGGUGGAGGAUUUCAGCAACCUCCUGGACCUGGAAUGCAACAACCACCCCCACCAGGUCAUGGCGCGUCUUCGUUCUAUCCACAGCCAACUGCUCCGGGACCUCCCCAGGGUCCCCCUCAGCCUGGAAUGCAACCAGCACCACCAGGUCCAGGGGGAGCUGCAGCAGCUCCCCAAGCCGACGCAGCCAUGAUCAAUCAAAAUAUUGAUUUCAGUGUCAAGAUUCCAGACAAUUUGAUCAAGUUCACGGCAAACAAAGUUGCCCAGACGGCUCAGCUGGCUGCUGGGACAAAGAUCCCAUUCGGUGCAGUGAUGCGUCCAUUGGCCCCGGAAGGAGAAGAUGACGAGCACAUUGAAACCGUCCAACCAGGAAAUGCGGGAAUUAUUCGUUGUAAGAGGUGUCGUACUUACAUCAAUGCAUUUGUCUCGUGGUCCGAGCAUGGGCGGCGAUGGCGUUGUAAUAUUUGCGGUCAAAUCAACGACUGUGCAGCAGCCUACUUUUGCCACUUGGAUGAGCAAGGUUUGAGAAGGGAUCGAUUCGAACGCCCUGAGCUGUCCAAGGCCGUCGUUGAAUUCAUUGCUCCAGCCGAGUACAUGGUCCGACCUCCCCAGGAACCAUCUUACUUCUUCGUCAUUGAUGUGAGUGCGACAGCUGUCCGGAGUGGAAUGGUGCAUUCGACAGCCAAGGCUAUCAAAGAAAGUUUGGAUGAUCUCCCGGGACGGGGGAGAACCAAAAUUGGAUUCAUCACGUUCGACAAUGCUGUGCAUUACUACAACUUGGCUUCCGAACUCAGCGCUCCACAAAUGAUGGUUGUCGCAGAUUUGAAAGAGCUGUUCGUGCCACUUCCCGAUCAUCUUCUGGUGAAUCUGCAAGAAUCACGAUCGGUUGUAGAUCAGUUCUUGGACAGUCUUCCGGAAAUGUUUGUCAAGAAUCCUGUUGUCUCGCAGUCAUGCCUUGGGCCGGCCCUGAAAGCUGGUUUCACCGUCAUGAAGAAUAUCGGCGGAAAGUUGUGUGUUUUCCAGUCAAUCAUGCCAAAUCUCGGGGACGGCGCACUGAAAAACCGAGAGAACAGACCUCUCAUGGGUACUCCGAAUGAAGUCAAACUGCUUCGUCCCGAGGUUACCUGGUACAAAGACACAGCAGUGGAGUUCAGCAGACAGCAAAUCAGCGUGGACAUGUUCCUUUUCCCUUAUCAGUACAUGGAUCUGGCGGCGAUGGCGGAGUUGCCAAAAUACACUGCUGGUUCAGUGCAUUCUUAUGUUUCCUUUAACCACAAAAAGGAUGGACCGCGAUACGAGCAAACGCUGAACAAAGUGUUGACUCAGACCACAGCCUUUGAAGCUGUGAUGCGAGUUCGUUGUACCAAGGGGAUGCGAAUCAGCAACUUUUACGGAAAUUUCUACAUUCGGGGAACGGAUCUCUUGGCGCUGCCCAACUGCAACACGGACUCAGUUUUUGGCUUCGAUUUGGCUCACGACGAACAAAAUGUGGCCAGCAACCAUGUAACUCUUCAAGCUGCUCUGUUGUACACCAGCAGCGAAGGACAGCGUCGUAUUCGCGUCAUGACCCAAGUUCUGCCCGUAACCAACCGAAGCACCGAAUUGAUGGCCUCGGUGGAUACAGAUGCUGUGUGCAAUCUACUUUCGAAGCAGGCAGUGGAGGUUGCCAUCAAGACUAGUUUGGAUAAUGCUCGUAUGAGGCUGCAACAAACUUGUGUCGACAUGAUUCGGAACAGCAAGGAAGGGGACAAGCGAACGGUUUCUGGCUACACUGUUCCGCCUCCCCAGGGGCACCACGGAGGACAAGAAGCAGAAGAAAAGCCCAUUCCCGAGCACAUGCAAUUGUUGCCUCUCUACAUCUUGGCAAUGAUGAAAAAUGUUGCAUUUCGCGGUGGCACUGAUGUGCACCCUGACGAACGAAUCCAGGCCCAUCGGCAGAUGGUUGCGAUGUGGGUUACUCAAUCAAAGAAUUUCAUCUACCCUCGUCUCUUUUCAAUUCACGAUAUGGAUGACAAUGUUGGCUAUUCCGUGGAAGAUCUUCCUGAUGGCGGCGGUGAUGAUCCUCCUGUCGCGGGUCGCAACAGAAUUUUGUUGCCUCCAGUGGUCAAUCUGAGUGUUGAAAGGCUUACGAGCAAUGGAGUAUAUCUUCUUGACAACGGCAUUGACAUGUAUCUUUGGAUCGGGCGUGCUGUUGAUUUGAAUGUUCUUGGCUCGCUCUUUGGUGUGCAAUCACUUGAGGACUGUGACCCUGCUCAGAUCGAAGUCCUGACUAGUGGCGAUCCGUUGGCUUCUCGCUUUGGAGCGAUUAUUGAUGCCUUGCGGGAUGACGGUGACCAGUUUGUGAUCAGUCCAAAGAUUCAUAUCUGCCGAGAGGGUGAUCAACAUAUGGAAUCUCGCUUCUUCUGGUUCUUUGUGGAGGACAGAGCUUCCUUCCAGGGUGGUACCUUUAGCUACGCUGAUUUCAUGCAGUUUGUUAACAACCCCAAUCAGCCAGGAGGAGGAGGGGCGCCGGCGGCUCCUCGUGGUCCGAUGCCCCCUGCGCCUGGAGGUCCUGGUCCUCAACGAGGGAUGCAACCACCGAUGCCCGGCCAACCUGGACCUCCGGCACCGGGGAUGCAAAGAGGGAUGCCACCCGGUCCGCCGAU